CCGCCGCUCAUUUUACAGGGAGCCCAGACCAGCGGAACGGGAUAUAGCUACCAUCAUGCGCGCUGCCGGUUUCCUCGCUCGCCGCCUGGCUGCCGUUUCGGGCCGCCGCGCCAUGUCCUCGGCGCAUGGUCACGGCCACAACUACCCUCACGGCAUGCAUUUCCACGUGAGCCCCGUGCACAAGAACCUAGCGCUGGCUUACGGCACGAUGCUCUGGCUCUGGGUCUUCUGGCGAGCAAAACAAGACGGUCUCGCCGUGCUGGGCUUCGAGCACCCGUGGGACCACGGCCACAGCCACCACGAUGAGCACGCCGAGACGUCGAACCAAGGCAACUACGUGCUGGUAGACGGUAAGCUGAAGUACGAGCGCUCCGAGAUCGGCGCUAUGCCUAUGCCGGUGGAGAUUGGCGAGGAGGAGGAGGAGAGCGAAGAGGAGACGAGCGACGUCUUGGACGACCUGCACGACGAGGACGAGGAGUAGAUUCUCCAUACACAACAGAGCAGGUUCCUUCCUCUUAACAGCACAGACGGCGCAGCUCUUUUCGACUGCUAAAGUGGACUGGAGACUUGCGGGUUGUUACACUGGAGAGAAAUUGCAAUAAAACCCCACAAAAAAAUGAACGAAGGGAUGGAUUGAUGAAUGUACCUGAACCUGUAGACACAGACCAAGAUGGAUAAGCAGGAGACGCAUCAUUCAGUUAAACAACAUCGCUUGUUGUGCAUACAGGGACAGACUUGAUCCCUUCCGCCGUGAGGGUUACAUGGUCAGCAGUUUGGAGUGCAGCUCUUCCAGAUCUUCCGUCGUCCUGU